AGAGACAGAGAGAGAGAGAGUGACAGAGUGACAGUGACCCCAGAACAGAGAAAAUUAUUUUUGAUAUAUAUAGCAAUAUCUCUGUGUGUGUGUUAAGGAAGGGAAGGUAGGUGUGUGCCGCUGAUCUUAUGCUAGCUUGGUGGCGUGACUCAAAAACAAAUUGCUUGAGAACCCAUUUGAAUUUGAAGUUAAUCUGGUCGUCAUCUUCUACCUGAUCUCUCUACUCAGAAUCCUCUCAACGACUUGCUGGGUUCAUUUUGCCAAAUUGGAGAAAGAAAAAAAUGGUGCGAGGCAAAACCCAGAUGAGGCGGAUAGAGAACGCCACGAGCCGUCAAGUCACCUUCUCGAAGCGGCGAAGCGGUCUUCUGAAGAAGGCUUUCGAGCUCUCCAUUCUCUGCGAUGCUGAGGUUGCGCUCAUCAUCUUCUCUCCGAGAGGAAAGCUCUACGAAUUCGCAAGCAACAGCAUGCAGACAACUAUUGAACGUUAUGAGAAGCAUACAAAAGACAACCAAGCCAACAACAAAUCUGUUGCCAGUGAACAAAAUGUGCAGCAGCUCAAGCAUGAAGCAACUAGCAUGAUGAAGCAGAUAGAGCAUCUUGAAGUUUCGAAACGGUUCACAACCUUGAAACUAUUGGGAGAGAGUCUAGGACUAUGCAGCAUUGACGAACUGCAAGAAAUAGAGCAACAGUUGGAGAGGAGUGUGAACAGCAUUCGAGCAAGGAAGGCACAGGUUUACAAGGAACAGAUUGAGCAAUUGAGAGAAAAGGAAAGAGUCCUCACAGCUGAAAAUCAGAGGCUAAAUGAGAAGUGUGAGGCUAUGCAACCGAGGCAACCAGUAAGUGAGCAGAGAGAAAACUUAGCCUGCCCUGAAAGUAGUCCAAGUUCAGAUGUUGAGACUGAAUUGUUCAUUGGACUGCCAGAAAGAAGAUCGAAGCACUAGCUUCCCCCUUGUCAGAGAACUGCUCGUGUCAAUAAUCUAUCUAAGCCAUGGCUGAUCAGCAGAAACAUAAAAUGCUUUAAUUGAUAAUUAGUUGCCGAUUGUUUUGCGUAUGUUCUGUAUUACAUUCUUGCUCCACUGAUUUAUGGAGCUUUGCAAGGAAUUAAUAAGACUAUGGAAUAUAGUCUUCUUAAAUUAACUGUGAUUAAAUAUGAUUUGUAAUUUUGUAUGACUAGAAAAACCAUUACAUGCGCUACUAUUUCAAAUACGUA